CCCAACUCUCAUUCUCUCUCUUUGUUUUGUCUGUAAAACCCUCGUAUUCAAUUUCAGAGAGAGAGAGAGAGAGAGAGAGAAACUGAGAUGCCAGGGCCAACGGUAGAGAUGGAAGCAGUGGAACCACAGUCACUGAAGAAGCUCAGCUUCAAAUCCCUCAAACGUGCUCUCGAUCUCUUCUCUCCUCUCCAUUCUCACCUCGCUCCUCCUGACCCCGAAAGUAAAAGAAUUCGAAUUAGCCACAAGGUAAACAUUGAGUAUAGAGGAAUCAACGCCGCGGCGAAUCAACCUCCUCGUCAAGCUAAUGCUGUUGCUCAAACUCCAGUGGCUUCCAAUGCUCUUGCUCUCCCAGGUCUCGAAGAUUCUAGUGAUCGCCAGAAGGGAGGAGCUCAAAAUGCGCUAGUUGUCGGUCCAUCUAUUCAGUCAAAGGCACCGAAUGAUGGUGGUCUACCCAGCAAAAGCAUUACAGCCUUUUCUGCUUCAGGGUCAUCUGAAAGGAAUUUAUCUACAGCUGCUAUAAUGGAAAGAAUCCCAAGCAAAUGGCCACGUCCUCUAUGGCAUGCACCAUGGAAGACCUACAGGGUCAUCAGUGGCCACUUGGGAUGGGUGAGAUCUAUUGCAUUUGAUCCGAGUAAUACGUGGUUUUGUACUGGCUCUGCAGAUCGCACUAUCAAGAUAUGGGAUGUGGCAAGUGGAAGGCUAAAACUCACACUAACGGGACACAUUGAACAAAUACGAGGCCUUGCUGUCAGCAGCAAGCAUACGUACAUGUUUUCUGCUGGUGAUGACAAACAAGUAAAAUGUUGGGACCUUGAACAGAAUAAGGUCAUUCGGUCUUAUCACGGUCAUCUAAGUGGCGUUUAUUGUUUGGCUCUUCAUCCCACAAUUGAUGUUUUGCUGACAGGGGGACGUGAUUCUGUCUGCCGGGUCUGGGAUAUUCGUAGCAAGCAGCAAAUUUAUGCUCUAUCUGGGCAUGACAACACUGUUUGCUCAGUGUUUACUCGACCUACGGAUCCACAAGUUGUUACUGGCUCCCAUGAUACAACCAUCAAGUUCUGGGACCUCAGAUUUGGAAAAACGAUGUCAACUCUCACACACCAUAAAAAGUCGGUGCGAGCAAUGGCACAGCAUCCUACAGAGAAUUGUUUUGCAUCUGCAUCAGCUGAUAACAUCAAGAAAUUUAACCUUCCAAGAGGGGAAUUUUUACACAACAUGCUGUCUCAGCAGAAAACUAUAAUUAAUGCAAUGGCUGUCAACGAGGAGGGUGUGAUGGCUACAGGAGGUGACAACGGGAGUAUGUGGUUCUGGGAUUGGAAGAGUGGUCACAAUUUUCAGCAAUCCCAAACAAUUGUACAGCCUGGCUCAUUGGAUAGUGAAGCUGGUAUCUAUGCUCUCUCCUAUGAUUUAACUGGUUCAAGGCUUGUUACUUGUGAAGCUGACAAGACAAUUAAAAUGUGGAAACAAGAUGAGACUGCUACACCAGAAACUCAUCCCCUUAAUUUCAAGCCACCAAAAGAUAUUCGGCGGUUCUAGUGGUCAUCCUCUAUGGCUCUAUGCUCUGAUUGGUCAUGUGUCAUGCUGUUUCACAUUGAUUUUGCAAAUGUAAAAUGAAAACUAGUCGUUUAAUGUGGAUAAAAGCUUUUAGUCAUACACGCUGCCUGUUGCUUCUGUUAACCACAGACGAAGGGAUGUGUGGGAAAUACAGUUUUGUAAUCUUUAAUAGAAGUUACCAAUUAGAAAAAUUGGCUGUUCUAGUUAAGAGUAAUUCCAAAUGUUAAAACAGUUUUCUUC